AUGGUCGAACUUGCCAAACGCAUGCCCUCAUAUAUGGCCAUUAUAAACGAUGCAUGGCCUGGCUCCGUCCAUGACCCUCAGUUUAACCGUGAGCUUGACCAAGCCUUUGUGGGUGCUAUGGUCAAGAAGAUUAUGAGACAUGUUGCUUAUACAUCAGCCGAUGGUGCGCGCAUGAUGACAAAUGCCAUUGUUAAAUAUGGUGAUAAAACACAUGGACAAAUGGCACCAAUUAUCUACACGGAAGAUGGUGAGAAGUGUGGUGGAAAGAUCUGGAAGGAAACAAUGGAAGAAUUGGCAUUCGCUCAGCCAGAGGAGGUGUUAAACUCCGCUUUAGGAUAG